ACGUUGACGCUUCCGUGAUGUCAAUCAUGGUACUCGUGCAACCACUCCCUGUGGAAUAUGUGGUGGAUGAUAAUCUUCCCCGGACAACAGGGGUUGCGGAAAAAACCUUUUUCACAGACGAAUUGUACCACGGAAAUUGUUAGUUCAUGUUUACCCAAAGGGUGUUUUGAGAAAGACCGCAUUCAACAACCGUUUAAUAUUUAUUAAAUUGUCAAUUUUACUUUGUCGAGUUUCGGCCACUAACUUCUCACCUUUCAAAGUAAACGGGGUGUUUCCAAAGCUUCCGACAACAAUACUCAUGCGUCAGCUGAAAAACCAGCCCGUCCUGCCUUGAAUCCACAAAACCCUUAUCGAUUAAUAUUAUUGUCAUUAUUAUUAUAUAUUAACGUCAGCCCAACGAGUCCAUAACUAGCAUAACAUAAGUGAGGUAGAUUCAUGUAAAUUUCGAAAAUGGUAAACGCACUGAGCUUGCUGUUUGUCUAACGUUAAACCCUAAAACGAAAUAAAUAACCCAAACAAACCAGUUUAACAUAGAUAUAUUUGGAAAGCUUUUCUUUGCAAGAACUUAGACCAAAUUAUGAUACAAAGCGGAUUGGUAAUGGUAUUGACAACCCAAUAGCGGAACCUAAAACCGUGGACCACAUAUCCUUCGUUUCUACACGGAUCUAUUUUCCGGACACACCCGCUGAACACAAGAAGCUCUAUCGGCCGAGCGAUUAUUAGUUGUCCGUGUUUCUAACAACAUGAAGCUAAUGUGCCAUUAAAAUAUCCUAUGUUCCUUGCAUACAACGGUGGUACUGCAUGCAUUUAUCCUGUUCUCUCCUUUCCCCCGAUGUCCUGCACAUUUGUAAGCGAUUCGGGGGCUUCUGUCCCUCUGGCGGACGGACGAGCUGUGAUCCUGGGUCGAGGUCCAGAGAGCGGUGUCACUGACAGAAAGUGUUCCAGGCACCAGGUUAAAUUGGUGGCAUGUUACGAGAGAAAAGAUGUACUCAUCACCCAGCUGGGCCCUAACCCCUGUUUCCUGGACAGCGAGAAGCUGGUCAGAGGACAAUCAGGAAAGCUCUCCCAGGGAGGCACCCUCUUCUUGGUUAACCAGAGUCAUCCAUUUAAACUCCAUUACAAUUUAAGCUCCAAUGGAAGCAUCUCUAGCGGUGCACUGGGAAGUCUGAAAGCAAGCGAUAAGACCAAAGGAGCAAGGAACGGAAAAGGGAAAGAGACGCCAACAAGCUUCGGACCCAAACGUAGUAUCAAAGAUUUCUUUGGCUCCUCUCCUGUGAAGAGGUCGCUGAGCCCGGACGGGGGAUACAAUGACACGAAGCGCCAGAGGAGAGAUGAGGCAGAUUCCGACACCUGGGGAACAACUGAGAGACAGAAUGAGGAGGAGAGUGUGGCAGAGGAGAAAUUGAGGAAGCUGCAGAAGAUGGCAGAGAAAGCCACGGUGGGGAGCAGCCCCAAUGGCCCCCUGGCGGCAUCUGCAUCAACGCCUUCAUUGUCUUCCUCGGUUUGUCCAAAGAGCCACUGGCAGCAGAUUGGGAACCUGCUGCUCUACACUGCUGCCGGGGUCAGGGGCAGAGAGAAGAUUGCUGGGUUUGAUAUAGAUGGCUGUAUCAUCACUACCAAGUCUGGCAAAGUAUUUCCUACGGCACCAGAUGACUGGAGGAUUCUUUUCUCUGAGAUUCAGCCCAGGCUGGCUAGCUUGCUGCAAAAAGGACACAAGGUGGUUUUCUUCACAAACCAGAUGGGGAUCGCCAGAGGCAAACUGAACCCUAACGUCUUUAAAUCCAAAGUGGAGGACAUCCUCAGUAGCCUUCAGUUGCCUGUUCAGGUGUUUGUUGCGACUGGUCCAGGAAUCUUCCGUAAGCCAGUAACUGGGAUGUGGACACACCUGUGUGAAAAGGCCAACAGUGGCGUGACUGUCGAUCGAUGUCAAAGUUUUUAUGUCGGAGAUGCAGCGGGUCGCCCGGUGAACUGGGCUCCAGGCAAAAAGAAGAAGGACUUCUCCUGCAGCGAUCGAUUGUUUGCUCUAAACCUUGGGCUCCAGUUCCACACACCAGAAGAGUACUUCCUACGAUGGAAGAGCGCCCCCUACAGCCUGCCUGAACUGGACCCUAGGAAGUUGGACUCCAGGGGGCGGCUGUACGACCCCCCUAGCGCCUCCCUCACCACCGACCAGACGGAGGUCAUUGUGGCUGUAGGCUUCCCUGCGUCUGGGAAAUCCACCUUCUUUCACACCCAUGUUGUUCCAAAGGGCUAUGUUUACAUUAACAGGGACACACUGGGUUCGUGGCAGAGCUGUGUGACUGCAUGUGAGCGGGCUCUGAGAGAGGGCCGAAGUGCUGCCGUUGACAACACCAACCCGGACCCAGAGUCGCGCAAAAGAUACAUAGAUGUGGCCAAAGCAUCGGGUGUCCCAUGCCGCUGUUUUCACUUCUCGGCAUCACUGGAGCAGGCCAAGCACAAUAACAGAUUUCGUGAGAUGGCCCCAUCAGAUGUCAAACACGUCAAGGUCAACGACAUGAUCUUCCAUAGCUACAAGAAACACCACGUGGCUCCAGAUCUCUCCGAGGGCUUCUCCGAGAUCCUUCAGAUCCACUUUGUCCCCGACUUCAAAGACAGCAAAUCAGAAAGCCUGUUCAGACUGUUUUCUGAAGGCUAAUUGAAAGGUUGGCCCUACAUGAGCCCUGGAUCUCUACAACUGUUCUUCAACCAUGAGAGUGCUACACAUGGUAUCAACAAGAUGUAAUGAUGUUGCUGUUCACUAAAAGCCAAUGCUUAAUACAAGCACCGGUAUGUUAACAACCGUUUUUCCGUCUUUUUCAACCAAAUGUGAGUUGGUUGAACAAAAAAACGUUUUUUGUUGUUCAUUCAUUUACAUGCCUUCUUAACAAGAAAAGUUAACAAGAAAAUGAUCUACCAGAACCUUUUGUUAACCAGGACUUCAGUGUGUUGAUGUGGACCAGAACUGUCUGUCCUGGGAAAAAGCAUUUGUAUUAUUUUAUGAAAAUAAAGACCUCAUUUUGGACAAUUUUUCAAGCUCAAGGAUUUAAUUAAGAUUAGGGGACCAAGCACAAAGUGCGAGGCAACCCGUUGUAUUUGUCUGUCUUUUUUACUCCACCAGAAUGACCCAAACAGCAAAAACUGCUGUGUCGCAUUUUAUGAAAGUUUCCACAGCUCUAGAUGCUGGCUAAAUAUUAAGAAAGAAGAAAAACUACACUGAUCGGGCCAAAGAUGGCGUUUAACCAUAGUUCAAAAAUGCUAAUUUUGAACAGGCAUAUCUCCUUACCCCUUUGAGUAACAGUCAUGAGACUUUGCC